CUAUUAUGCUGCACAAUGGCGCCUCUACCUCCCACCACCCAUACGCUUGCCACUCGUCUGACCGCUCUGACAGAGUCUAACAAGUCUGUUGGACAACUCAUACAACGUCUUGCCAAAUUAGACUUCCAACCUGGGUCACAACCGCUGAAUGGUGAAGAGGGGGAUGUGCGCUUGGAACUGAGUGCCGAGAUACAUGAAACCUUGAAGGGUAUUGAGGAGGAACUCGAACUGCUGAGACAAGAGGUUGAAGACAUACUACAGCAGGGCUCUGGAGUAGUUGGAAAGAGAAGGGAUAGUACGAAAGAGAACGAACGAUCCAGACUUGCAGUUCUGCUUGCACGGUUAACAGAAGACUUGAAGUCAUCAAGAUCCCAAUACCGCAAGGCUCAACUCACCGCCAAACAAAACGCCGAACGCGCAAGGCUCAAGGAACGCGAGCUCCUCUUCUCGAACCUCCAAUCCGGCGCCUCAACACCAUCAUCCACGUAUCGCCAACGCAAACAAAACAAAGGUCUCGCCGAAGAAGAAAUCGUCGUCCAAGCCUCCUCGGACGUAACAGCCGCUCUACGACGAACACACCAGUUGAUGCAAAACGAGCUGUCACGCUCUCGCUUCGCUCAAGAAACCCUCGAACAAUCCACUGCCGCACUCGCAGACUUAGGAGAGAAGUACUCCGACCUCAACACCCUCCUCGCCAACAGCAGGACACUCGUCACAACACUACUGAAAAGCACAAAGAGCGAUACCUGGUACCUCGAAACCACAUUCUACAUUCUCAUCACAACCAUUAUCUGGCUGAUCUUCCGCCGCUGGCUAUACGGACCAUUAACCUGGUUCCUAAUCUGGCCGCUUAAGCUCGUCUUCGGCAUCGUCUUCGGCAUCGUCGGAUUCGGCACCGCAGCAGCCGCGUCUGGGAAAUCGUCGUCGCUCACUGUGCCCUCAGAAGCAAGCACAAGUCUGAUUGUGAAGCCUAGUGCUACAGCAGGCGCGCCGAGACGGAAUAGCGAUCCCAACGCUCCACCGCCGCAAAAUUAUAUCCGUGUUGGUGGCGGAGGAAGAGGGUAUUAUCAGGGUGAUCCUAGUCCCCUCGGCUCAGUGAGUCAGGAAGUUGGUAAGAUGGCGGAGCAGGCACAGCAGCAGCAGCAGCAGGAAGAGGAAGUACAUCCUCAGCUGAGGGAACAGAGGCAGCAGCCGGACGGGGAGGGGCCGGUGGUUAGAGGUGAUGGUACGGUGUUGAAGGAGAGCGAUAAGCCGCGGAAUCCGAAGAAGAAGAUGUGGGAGGAGGAUGUUGAGAGGGAGAAGUUUGAGCAAGCACAGCAGCAGCAUGAAGGGGGGCAGAGGAAGAGGGAUGAGUUGUAAAUAUGUACAGUUUUCAACGACAUGAGAUACAUGAAUAUGAC